AUGCAGCAACAACUCAUGCACCAGAUGCAGCACCGCCCCACACCCACAGCUGCCUUCAACACCACCACUAUUACUACUGAUCAUAUCCAACAGUAUUUGGAUGAAAACAAGACACUGAUCUUAAACAUUCUGGAAAAUCAGAGUACAGGGAAGUUCAGUGAAUGUGCAGAAAACCAAACAAGGCUACAGCACAAUCUCAUGUAUUUGGCUGCAAUAGCCGACUGUCAACCAAAGUCAUCUUCUACUCAACUCCAGCAACAGCAAUUGCAACAGAUGGUCCCCAAUUCCCAUAUGGUGACUCAAUCACACACAGUGUUCCCUCAGCAACCACCCUUUACAAUGAUACAGCAGCAGCAGCAACACGUGUUACAGAGCCAGCUUGGCAUUGGCAGUGGGAUUCAGGCCCCACGAAGCGAAAGUGGGACCAGCAUGGAAGGUCAAGGAUGUGGAGUUUUUCCUGAUUUCAGCUUUGGGGAAGUAGCCUCCUCACAUGGCGUUAGAACAGCAACCUUUUUAACAGCUAAAGAUAACAGAGGCAUAGCUAGUAGUACUUCUAGUCAUACUCAUGAACAUGAACAUGAAGGUGCACACGACUUUCCACAAAAGAAAGGAAAAUUAACCACAGCAGCAACUUAA